AUUUGAAAUGCAUUCAUUAUCUAUUAUAGUCUACGACAUUAUACACAUUGAAUUUAUUAUUUUGUACAAAUUUUAUGUUCCAAUAGAAAGGAGAAAAAGAAAAGGAGGGAAGAGAAAAAUGAAAAACGAAAAAAAAAAAAAAAAAGAAGAAAAUAAUAUUAAUAAUAAAUGACAAAGUGAGUUUUCCCGUUGAGAUAUACCCUUUUGAUUGCUUUUCGACCUCGUCAUUUUCAUUGCGAUUGAAAUUAGAAAAAAAAAGUGCGUGAGAGAGAGAGAGAGAGAGAGGAGGGGAAUCAAAUCGCUCGAGGGUUCAUAAAGAUUCGAUUUUUAUCGUGAUUGCCGUGCAAAAAGAAUUUUAUUGUAAAUCUCCACACAAACCGUGGAGAAGGGGGGCGCAAGGCGGGAACGUGGUUUAUAAAAAUCCGAGAAUGCAUAGAUGAGUUUCAUAUCGAUUCAAUAGACCAAUAGAGAACAGUCGGGUAUUUCAAACGAUUUUCGAUUUUCAUCUCUCCGAGCUUUUCACAUACUAUGCUUUUCUGUAGUUUCAGUGAAAAGAAAAAAAAAAAAAAAGCGAGAAGAAGAAAGUAAUAAAAAGAGAAAAAAAAAAGAAAAAGAAAAAGAAAUGGACAAACGAAUCAACAAACAAAAAAAAAUACUCUUCUCUCUCGUCAUCACGAAUGAAUCGUUAAAUGAAUUUCUACGAACGCGCCUCAAUGGCCGCGUAAUCAAUUUCAAAACCACCUAGCGAAUUAUUAAAAAUAAAAGAUCUCUUUUUGUGAGAUUUUAGUGAAAUUACAUUGGAACGAGCUACCUUGUUACCAUGUCAUUGCGUGAGAGUGCGAGCGAGCGAGUGAGUAAGCGAGAGAGAGAGAGAGAGAGAGAGAGAGAUAACAAUUUGAAAAAUAAAAUGCCUCCGUUCGCAAUACUUUUACAUUGAAAUCAUGAUAUUAAAAUUUUACGAGUGAAAAAUUUCAUAUUAAAAUGAUUAAUUCGUUUUCCACACUUGUUUCGUUUCGUUUUCAUAUUUUUUCCAUUUGUUUUUCUUUUUUUUUUUUUUUUUUAUAAAUCCCGUCUACAUCUCAACAAAAUACAUCGUUGAGAGAAAAUUUAUAAAUAUAACUAUAACAUUCGCGUCGAACUUAAAAAGUCGAAAGAAAUGGUGCUGCCACGUAAAAACUUUUCAAAUUAAAUAACUCUUAAUACAUGUAAGAAUUGACAAACGUAAUUUUGAAUUAUCUAAGGGGAUAAUUAAAAUAAACUUUGAGCCUAUACUUUGUGAUUUGAAAUAAAGAAAAAAAAAACAAAAAAAAAAAAAAACAAAACAAAAGCAACAAAAAAAAAAGAAAACAACAACAAGGACAACAACAAUACUCUUCGAGAUCGAUCGUGUCUCUGUACAUUUUGAUUAAAUUAGCGCACAUACAUAGUUGCACAAUAAUUUAUAUGUAUCCUAGCACUCGGUGUCGUCGUUAGGAUCAUAAAAGAUCGUUUAUUGUUUAAACGAAAAAGAAAUGAUUAUUAGAAAGUGUAUUAAUGUGCGAUACACUAUGUAAAGAUAUGUAUACGAGAAAGUUUGAUUAAAAUAUCUCACCCUUUAUCUAGAAAGAUUCCUCUAAAUUAUCUGUAUCUUCCUAUUAUUAAAAUAAGAGAUUUUUCAUAACAACUUAAUUAUAUAUUAUUAAAAUUGUAAUACGAAAAUUACUUACAUUUCUAUAUACACAUAUUGAUUCAUACGUGUACACACAUGUAUUAUAUAUCAAAUGCACAUGAUUAGGUAGAAUUAGUAAUACAAUUAGUAAGAUCAUCGAUCGUUUAUAUUUUGAUAUUUCUAUAUUUAUCAGGACGAAAAAUUAAGAAUAUAAGAGAUAUCAAUCGAUUUGUUAACAAUUAAAUCGCAAUAAUGUCAUAGAAAAAUGGCUACUUACCCGAAGUCGAAGACGCCAGCACAAUUAGAUGGAAUUAAAAGCUAAAAAGAAAAUAUCAAGGGAUAAUUCUUUUUCCGAUCGUCGUCAGUGAUAAAGAGAUGGUUAUUGUUCAAUUAUUUCUUACCAUUUUGCAGAUUUUCUGAAGAAAUAUUUUAAAAACGUCUACUCUCAAGAUUAUGGCAGCCAUUCGAUUUCGCGCAACUUGAAAUGAGAAAUUUUUCAAAUAUAUUUACCUACAACUCCGCUUGGAGGCGCCACUUACGUCCUCUCACACGUCAAAAUUGAUUGGUGUUUCACGUACGUGUAAGCUUAAGGUAUUUUCACAUGGCGCUUCGAUCGACUACUAACUUGAGAAAUAAAUAAAUGUCGAUUCAUCUUGAUUCUGAUUGGUCAAUGCAAUUAGAGAAGAGGAAAUAUGUGGUAAGAACUAGAAACCUAAUUACUUUGUAAAGUGUUCAAAAAGUACGAAAUAAAUAAGGAAAUAAAUGAUAAAAAGUCGAUUAUAUUGUAAUUUCUUUUAUUCGUAUCGAAAUUGUACAUUUUAAAUAAAAUUACAUCGUAUUAUUAACAAUCACAAAUUCUAUGCACAAUGAUAAGAAUAAGGUUAUGAAAUUGAUUGAUCGUUUAAUAAAUAAAGAUAAAAAUUAUGGAAAUAUUGCAUCAACUUGCACGUUAAAAGCGAUGCAUUAUUUCAAGUGCAAAUACCAAGAUGUGACGUAAUAGGAAAAGGUAAUGAAAUCGUGGUAGGAUUACCACCAGAUUCUAAAUAUGGGAAAGCCAACAAGAGUAGUCGUCUGUGGAAUGAAAGGAGUAGGAAAAACGGCAUUGCUGGAACAACUCAUAUAUGGAAAUGUCACCCCAAAAACGGAAAUUCAUCCUACUAUAGAAGACAUCUAUGUUGCUAAUAUAGAAACGGACCGUGGUACAAAAGAGAGAGUUAGAUUUUACGACACCGCUGGUUUAGAAUCAUUACAAAGCAACGCGAACAAUCAACAACUUCCCAGGCACUAUCUUGGUUUUGCAGAUGGUUAUAUCUUAGUAUACGACACUAUGAAACCAGAAUCUUUGGAUGUUUUAUUUCCAUUGAAGAAGGACAUCGAUAAGAACAAGGAUAAGAAAGAAAUAACAGUAAUAGUUUUAGGUAAUAAAACUAAUAAUGAAAAUAAAUCUAAUAGCUUAGAGAAUACAUCUAAUAAAGCAAGCAAUUGGUGUACCAGGGAAAAGGUAAAGCAUUAUGAGAUCAAUGUAAUGGAUAGACAAACAUUGUUAGAACCUUUUGUCUAUUUGUCGUCUAGGUUAAAUCCACCACCAAACAAAAGUACAUUUCCUCAACUGAGUAUGGGUAGGAAAAUAAUUAAAACUGAGACUCCAUAAGAAAAUUAUAUCAUUUAAUUAAUUAUAACUGAUAUUUGAAAGUAAUUCACUUGGCUGUGGAAAUAUAUCAUCGUAUUGAAAAUGAUAUAUAUAUAUAUAUAUAUAUAUAUAUAUAUAUAUACAUACACAUAUGAGGUAUAACAAAACAAAAAAAAACUAUAAUGAUAUUUAAGUUAAUUAAAAAAUUUGUUCAAGGGUAUAAUUGAGUACUCUUGAUUUAGAUUAAGAAUAUCAAAGUACUUAAUUAAUUUAUCUUUAUACAACAUGCAUUUUAAUAAGAUUUUCCAAAGUUAUGUUAUAAAAUGCAUCAUGUAUAAUAUUGAUUAAUGACAUGGUAUUUCGCUCAGAGGAUCGUAUAAUCGUUUUUAAACAUCUUUAUCUAUUAAGCAAUAUGGCUUGAAGUACUUAAGUAAUACUUUCUAUCAGAAACAACAAUAGCCAAGCUGAAAGCAUGUUACAUGCUAAGUAUAAACUUUUCUAUUACAUUUAUCACUCAUAAGCAGGAAAUUACCAUUCUAUUGGUUUUGCCAACUCCUGUAAACGUAUAUCUGUGUUAAAAACAUAAUCCCAAAUUUUACUACUAAUACCGAAACCUACAAAGAAUAAAACAUUAAAUGUUUAUGUUUAAGAAUAAAACAUAAGACUCAUGCUGUGUGAAUAAGAAAAUGAAAUGCAAAAAAAGAAAAACAUUACCUUCAUCAUGAUGCGAGAAAUGAUGAUAAUUGUGAUAUCUCUUUAAAUCGUAAAGAUAUGUUUUGGCAUUAGGUUUACCAUAAUGCAAAUAAUAAUGCAUUAAAUCGUAACACAAGUAUCCUGUGAAAAAUGAAGGAACAUUUAGGUUUAGAUUAUUUAUUUAAAUUUAUUUAAUUUAUAUCAUAUAGUGCGUUUAAUUAUACGUAUAGAGAAAUUAUUAUACUUCACCUGCAACAGAUCCAGCACUAAUAAAGUUGGCUAUAAAAUCAGGAAAUAUCGAUAUGUACAAUUUACAUAUGCCUAUUGCUAUGAUAAUACCAGCUAUAGGUGGAAAUACUAAUCUUUGACCAUCAAAAGGUGCCUAGUAUCAAUAAAAAUAAAAGGGAAUCUAUAAAUUUAUAUUUAAAAAAUAUAUAUAUUUAUAUAUAUAUUACAUAUACAUUUAUAUAUUUAUAUAUACAUAUAUAUAUAUAUAUAUAUAUGUGUGUGUGUGUGUGUGUGUGUGUGUAUCGAUAGAAUACCAAAUUAAGUUUGUAACUUCCUGUUCUAAGAAAGGCAACAAACUGACGCUUCGUAUGAUUCAUUUUAUGUUUGACAUAAUUCAGUGAGUUCAUUGAACGCACGUUUGCAUACUAAAUUAUCUUUCAAGAAACGUGUCUGCGUUAUUUACAGUCUUUCAACUGGUUUGAUUAAAUCUUAAUCGUGUAAUCGUAACGAUAUGAAACGUACGACUAUAGUUUUAAUUAAAAAUUUUUAUUUACCUUAUGAUGCAAACCAUGAAGAAGGAAAUGUAACGUGAUAAGUAUUUUUGAAUUCCCUGGCGGCCUGAAGUGAAACAAUUUACGGUGUAACAGAUAUUCCUCAAAUGUCCACAAUAAUACCCCUCCCGCGAAGGCAAGGAGGCCUUCUAAUAAAGAAAAAACUAAAAACGAAGGCUGCAUAUGUAAUUUUUUUUAUCGUGUCUUUUAAACAUGUUUUUAUCAUGUUUUAUCUUUUUUUUUUUUUUUUUUUUUUUUUUUUUUUAAUAAGAAGGUCGCAUGAAUGAUCCAAACUUCUUUUUUCUUCUCGAAUCUUUCUUCUUUGAAUAAAAUCAAAAUUUUUUUUGAUUUGAAACAUAGAGAAAUCAUGAGUACUUACUUGGAAAUUGACGAGUAAUGCUUAGACUAAAUCCCGUAUAGAGAAAAUAUGCACAAAUAGGAAUCCAUACGAUCGGUAUCAUGUACCAUGGUGUGAUUGUUAAAAAUUCCAAUAUAUUUGAUUGAAAUAAUCGUAUCGGUCGGUUUACCGGUAGAUUCACCCACUGCCAAUAUCGAUCACUUAACUUGCCCACUUGACUUAAUAAAGGUGUGUUCCAAUCUAUCAAACUCUAAGAUAAUUCUUCGAUUAAAUUUUUUUUCUUUUUUAUACGUAUAUAAACAUAUAUAAAUACACACGUAUUUUUGAUUGUUUUUUCUCAAAAUUGAUAAUUGAUAAGAUUUUCAUAACGUUACUGAUUAUACAUUAUCUUAAUGAUACUCUAUAAACAAAAUGAAAUUUUUUUUGUUUCUUUUUUUUUUUUUACGAAAUUGAACGCUGUCACGUAAGCAUACACAAACACACAAACAUAUACGUAUGUAUAUAUCUAUUUCGAUCAUUUUUUUCUCAGAAUUGAUAAUUGAUAGAAUCUUUAUAAAGUAUUGAUUGCACACUAUCCAUUAUAAUGAUAAUCAAUAAACGAAAUAUUUCUUUUCUUUU